AUGAUUUUUCUGGCGUGGUGGGAUUUAGUAAAUACGUGUCUUUUUCUCUUGUACUUAAUCCACCCGAAUUCGGCAUCGGGUAUCUACACUCAUUCUUUAUUUAAUAUAGUGUUUAAACUUCUAUCUAUCUAUCUAUGUUUUUGUAUUUAUCUCUUUCUAUCUAUCUAUAUACAUAUCUACCUAUCGUUUUGUAUUUAUAUCUAUCUAUAUCUAUCUAUAUACCUAUCUAUCUAUCGUUUUGUAUUUAUAUCUAUCUAUAUACCUAUCUAUUUAUCGUUUUGUAUUUAUAUCUAUCUAUAUACCUAUCUAUCUAUCGUUUGGUAUUUAUAUCUAUUUAUAUACUUAUCUAUCUAUCGUUAUGUAUUGAUAUCUAUCUAUAUCUGUUUAUAUACCUAUCUAUCUAUCGUUUUGUAUUUAUAUCUAUCUAUAUCUAUUUAUAUACCUAUCUAUCUAUCGUUUUGUAUUUAUAUCUAUCUAUCUAUCUAUCUAUCUAUCUAUCUAUCUAUCUAUCGUUUUGUAUUGAUAUCUAUCUAUCUAUCAAUAUCUAUCUAUAUACCUAUCUAUCUAUCUAUCGUUUUGUAUUUAUAUCUAUCUAUAUUUAUCUAUAUACCUAUCUAUCUAUUGUUUUCAAUUUCUAUCUAUCUAUAUAUUAUUUAUAUAUCCUAUCUAUUAUUCUUUUUAUCUAUCUAUUUAUCUAUUUCUAUCUAUCUAUCUAUCUAUCUAUCUAUCUCAUAUUUAUCUAUCUAUCUAUCUAUCUAUCUAUCUAUCUAUCGUUUUAACAUUUCUAUCUAUCUAUCUGUCUAUCUAUCGCCAAAAGGAAUCAUCUAUCUAUAUCUAUCUAUCUAUCUAUCUAUCUAUCUAUCUAUCUAUCUAUCGUUUUGUAUUUCUAUCUAUCUAUCUAUCUAUCUAAUGUUUUGUAUUUAUUUAUAUUAUUUCUUUCUCUCUCUCUCUCAAUAUUCUACUGAGCGUGAAGAAUUAAAAAGGGUCAACAAUUGGUCGUAUUUUUCCUCUCUCUCUUUCUCCCUCUCUCUUUCCCUCUCAUUUUCUGCUUAUCCCUUUCUCUUUCCCUCUCUCUCUCUAUCUCCAUCUCUCUUUCCCUCUCAUUUUCUCCUUAUCCCUUUCUCUUUCCCUCUCUCUCUCUUUCUCUCUCUCUCUCUCUCAUUCUUUCUCUCUCUUUCUCCUCUUCUUUUUCUAUCUCUCCCUCUUUUUCUCAUUAUUUAA